CAUGCUGACUUUGUUUGUUAAUAUUGUAGGCUUUGUUAAAAAGGACAUUUGCAAUUUUGUGUGAGAGUGUUUUUUUUAAACUAUAUAUAUAUAUAUAUAUAUAUAUCUCAAGCCAGUGUGAGGACGGAUUUCUCUUAGAAUACAUCUGAUUUAAAGAGCCACACUGAAAGGCUUCAAUCAAUCAGAAGCCAUCUGGAUUGCAAGAAGUAUGGCAGACAAUAUACCUGGUGGAAUAGUAGCAGCUGCAAAGAACCGUCUGCAGGUGGUGAGAGGCUUAGAGGAUGUGGAAGUGUCAGAGUGCGAGAGCUGCUCCUUUGAGGUGACCCUUAAUCUGUCAUACAUCGAGGGAGUGUGGACCAGGGAUGGGAUGCGGCUCAAGUCCAAGCCCAACUGUCGCAUCAGCACACACGGGAAGACGCAUUCUCUCAUAUUAAACAGAGUGGCUUUGGCAGACGUGGGCUUGAUCUCUUUCCAGGCCAAUGGCAUUCAGACCUCCGGCAAACUCACUGUUAGAGCUAAAGACAUCCACAUCAUCAAGGAACUAGAGGAUGUUGAUACUGUGGAACGUCAGUCCGUUAGUUUCCUGUGUGAAGUAAAUCAAGUGGAUGUUGAUGGUCGGUGGUACAGAGAUGACUGUAGGAUCCGACCCGGGGACAACAUUAAGAUCAGACAUCAGGGUAAAACCCACACCCUCUCUUUUAAGUCGGUCAGGCCAGAGCACGCUGGAGAAAUCAGAUUCACUGCAGAGCGUGUCUCAUCUUAUGCAAAUCUUACAGUAAAAGAGCUGCCAGCCCAAAUAGUGCGUCCCCUGAGAGUCAAGAUCGCCAUGUACCACCACAAAGGACUCCUGGAGUGCCAGGUUUCUCGGGCCAACGCUCAAGUCAAGUGGUACAAGAACAAGAAGGAGCUUGUGUCUAGCAAAAAGUACCAACUUGUCAGCCAAGACGUCUACAGGCAGCUCACCAUUGAUGACAUCUGCUCCUCAGACGAAGACACCUACACCUGUGACACAGGAGAUGACAAAACCUGUUGUCAGCUUCUAGUUGAGGAGCAGGCUAUGAGCAUAGUUCGGGGCAUGAGCUCAGUGGAAGUGACAGAACCAGAGCCAGCACUCUUCCAAGUGGAGACCAGCUUGAAGUCAGGGAGGCCACCCAAAUGGACCCUGAAUGGAAAGGUGUUGGAGCCUAGUGAAGAGGUGGAUAUCUACAGGGAGGCCACCAUCCACAGCCUCUGCCUCACCUCGACAGACAGCUCCAUGUCAGGGCCUGUGGUUUUUGUCGCUGGCAAGAGCCGUUCUUCUGCUGAGCUUACGGUAAAAGAGCGGCCCCUCCAAGUUGUCCGCAAUUUGGAAGAUGUAGAAGCCAAGGAGAACAGCUCUGUCACUCUGAGCUGUGAGUUUGCCCCCUCCCCCAGGGUGGUGAGGUGGUUUAAAGGUCGUACAACUCUAAAGACUUCAAACAAGUACAGAAUGAGGAGAGAUAGCAAACGUGCAGAGCUGACAAUCCAUGGCUUGGUAGGAAUGGAUACUGGGCAAUAUCGCUGCACGGCGGGGGGUUCACAGAGCACGGCACAUGUUAAAGUCAAAGUGCGAACGCUCAAGCUGGUCAAACACCUUGAACCAGUGGAACUUGAAGAGGAUGGCGUCGCCAAUUUCACUUGUGAGCUCAACUAUGUGGUUCCCAACGUGGAGUGGCUCCUCAACAAUGUCCGCCUCUAUUUUAACGCCAUAAACAGAAUCCAGCACAUGGGUACCAUGCACAGCCUCACCAUUAAGAAACUGAGACCCCAGCAAAGCAGGGUCACCUUUAAAGCUGGCCUUCUUUCAGAGACAACAACUUUAAAGGUCAAAGAGCGCCCUGCGGUCUUCCUUAGACCUCUGGAGGAUGCAGUUGGGGAAGAGCAAGGUGAGGUCUGCCUACAGUGUGAAAUUUCCAAAGAGUCUGUGAUUCCAGUCUGGAGGAAGAAUGGCAUUGUCCUGACACCUGAUGAAAAACACGAGUUGUGUCAGUAUGGAAGAUCCAUGGCACUGAUUGUUCAUUGCUUGAGCAAAGAUGAUGCUGGACAAUACACCUGUGAUCUAGGAACCAGCCAGACCAAGGCUAAAGUUUCCGUACAUGAUUUACAUAUCACUAUUAUCCAGCGCUUGAAAACCACAUCCGUGCUGGAGGGUGAAAGCUGCACUUUUGAAUGUCACCUGUCUCACAAUCUUAGUGAUGAGCCUUUCUGGACCAUCAACGGUCAAGUGGUUGUCUCCAACAGCCACUUCCGGGUCGUCAACAAUGGUCGCAAGUACAAGUUGAGCAUUAAAGAUGCAGUUUUGUCCGAUGCUGGAGAAGUGAUAUUUACAAUUAAAGAUUUAAGCUGUAGGACCAUGCUCUUUGUCAAAGAGAGGCCAGUGCACAUUUUUAGGGAUUUGUUGAAUGCCAAGACAGUGCCAGGUGAAGACGCGGAGCUCAGUUGUGAGAUCACCAAACCUGAGGUCAGCAUCCACUGGCUGAAAAACGGCCAUUUAAUCAGGCAGAGUCACAAAUAUAGGAUGAGUGUGGAAAAGAACCUCGCAAGGCUGAUAAUCAAGAACACCACAAUCAGAGAUUCAGGAGAGUACUGCUGUCAGGCUGAUGGGGUUGCCUCCCGUGCCAAGCUAGAGGUCAGAGAACUGCAGCACUCAUUUGCAAGGGAGUUAAAGGACACCCGAGCAGAGGAAAAGGGUAAAGUGACCUUGGAGUGCGAGACCCGACAGCCAGCCAAGCGAGUGACCUGGCUGAAGGGCAUGAUGGAGCUCAAGUCUAGUAGGAAGUAUGUCAUGAGGCAGAAGGGUGUGGUGCUGUCACUCACCAUCACUUUUCUGGAGAAGUUGGACUCAGAUAUCUACACAUGUGAUGUUGGGACCAUGCAGAGCCGUGCACAGCUGACUGUGCAGGGCCAGAGAGUGGUGAUCCUGGAUGAACUGGAGGACAUCGAGUGCCUUGAAAACGACACAGUCACAUUCAAGUGUCAAAUCUGUCCCAGUGACUACACGGUGGUGAAGUGGUACCUGGACGAGACUCUGCUGUACAAUAAUGAACUUAAUGAGAUCCAGAUGCUUGCGGGAGGCUACCACACGUUGACAUUUAGACAGCUGGCCCGCAAAGAUACUGGCACCAUCUCAUUUGCAGCUGGUGACAAACGAUCAUAUGCGUCACUGUUGGUUAGAGAGAGACGUCCAACCAUUUGUAAAGCGCUUGAGGACUGUGAGGCUAUUGAAGGAGGGGGUCUCGUUUUGUCCUGCGUCACCUCAAAGCCAUGUCACAUCCUGUGGUACAAAGAUUGCUGCCUAAUGUGGAACUCCUCAAGGUAUUUUGCAAGUCGUUCGGGGUGCGAGGCUCGGCUGGCAAUUCGGGAAGUUUGCCAAAGUGAUGCUGGAGUGUAUGAGUGCAGUGCUGGAUCUGUUACAACAAGGGCUGUUGUAACCGUAAAAGGUAUCCCAGCGGAGUUUACUAAGCCUCUACAAAACAUAGAGUCCCGCGAAGGUGAGACUGCUACCCUGACAUGUGAGUACUCUCUGCCGGGGGUCCAGUUCCACUGGAGAAAAGGCAUGGAGAGCCUCAGGCCUGGAGACAAGUAUGUGAUGAAACAGAGACAGACCGUCAAUUCACUCAUAAUCCGAGAACUGAAGCCGGAGGACUCAGGGGAGUACACCUGUCAGUGCAGAGGCCACCACACUACUGCAAGGCUCAAAGUACAAGCUAUUCCGAUUACAUUCAUCCAGCAGCUGAAGAACAUGCAUGCAGAGGAAGGGAGCAAUGUCAUAUUACGCUGUGAACUCUCCAAAUCUGGAAUACCAAUAGAAUGGAUGAGGGGGCAAGAAGUGUUGAAGAAUGGAGUGAAGUACCAGAUGAGAAGAUGGGACACAACCGUGGAGCUUUUGAUAUGGAAAGCUGUUCCUGAGGACAGUGGGUUCUACAAGUGUUUGUGUGCUGAUCAAGUCACAUCCGCCACUGUCAAAAUCAAAGCUCUGCCGCUCACCUUCAAACAGAAGCUGCGUAACAUGACCUUCGAGGAGGGCAGCACUGCAACUUUACGCUGUGAGCUUUCCAAAGCAUCUCUCUCUGUGGGGUGGAGGAAGAGGGGGGAUGAGCUCAUCAAGAACGGCGACAAAUAUCACAUUCGCCAGAGGGACACACUGAUUGAACUGAGUAUCCUGGAUGUGACGCCAGAGGACAGCGACAUUUACACAUGCAUUUGCGGGAGCAUAGAGACCACAGCGACUCUCACUGUGAAUGCAUUCCCAAUCACGUUCAAACAAAAGCUGAAGAACCUUCAGGUGGAGGAAGGACACAACAUCAUGCUAUCUUGUGAGAUCUCUAAGCCUGGCGUCGCUGUGGAGUGGAGGCUGGCCGGUGAGCUGCUAGAAGAUGGUGAGAAGUACCAGAUGAAGCAGAGGGGCUCGAUGCUGGAGCUGACCAUCAGAGAUGCAAUACCAGAGGACAGUGGCAUCUACACCUGUGUCUGCAGAGACCAGAAGACAAAGGCCACUGUUAAAGUCAGUGCUGUUCCCACCACGUUUAACGGGAGUCUGAAAAGCCAGGAGGCAGAAGAAGGCAAUAGUGUGACACUGCGCUGCGAAGUGUCAAAAACAGAUGUCCUGGUAGAGUGGCAGAAAGAUGGAGAGUUGCUGCCUGAGGAGAUGUCUGGAAGAAAAUAUCAGCUGAAGCUGGAAGGGAAGACAGCUCAGUUGACCAUUGUCAAUGUUCAAGCGGAAGAUGCGGGGAGGUACAGCUGUAUUACAGGAGAUGAGAAAACCACUGCUGAACUCAAAGUGAAACCACUUCCUGUCACAUUCAAACGUAAGCUCCAGAAUUUGGAGGUGAAGGAAGGUGGCAGUGGACUUUUCUGCUGCGAGCUCUCCAAACCUGGAGCUCCAGUGGAGUGGAGGAGAGGUCGAGUGCUUCUGAGCAGUGGAGGCAAGUAUGAGAUGAAGCAGGAAGGGCCGUACACAAAGAUGAUCAUCAACAACGUGCAAGAUAGCGAUGCUGGGAAAUACUUUUGCAAGACAAAGGACAGCCAAUCAACUGCCGAGCUGUCGGUCCAAGGUUUACCAUCACAUUUCACGCUCAUGCUUGCCAACCAGGAGGUGACUGAGGGCAACAGUGUGUUUCUGCGCUGUGAACUUAACAAACCUGCCCACUCUGUCGAGUGGAGGAGAGGAGGGCUGGUGUUGAGGCAAGGAAACAAGUACCAGAUGAGGAAGAAGGAUUUGCAGCUGGAGAUGACUAUUGGCGAAGUCACUCUCGAAGACGCUGGUGAUUACACUUGCAUUUGUGGUGAAGAAAGUACUACAGCUCGGCUCGCAGUGAAUGAACGACCUGUCAAAUUCCUCCGUGAACUGUGUAAUCUUGAAGUGCUUGAGGGCAAUGGAGUAAUGCUUUGCUGCCAGCUCUCCAAAGCAGAUCUCACUGCUCAGUGGAUAAAGGGAGAUGAAGUGCUGACCGAUGGUGACAGGUACCAGCUCAAGCAGAGAGGCUCCACACUGGAACUGCUCAUCAGAAAGAGUCAGCCUGAAGACAGUGGUGUUUACAGCUGCAUUUGCGAAGACAUUAAAAGUACUGCCACAGUUAUAAUAAUUGCAAUUCCAGUGACAUUCAAGCAAAAGUUGAAGGACCAAGAAACAGUGGAGGAGAGCAGUGUGACGCUCCAUUGUGAGCUCUCCAAACCAGGAAUCCCAGUUGAGUGGCGAAAGGAUGCUCAGCUCCUGAGGGAGGGAGCCAAAUAUCAAAUGAAGCAAGAGGGCAGGGUGUGUGAGGUGCUGAUCAAAAAUCUAACUCUCAAGGAUGCUGGCGAAUACAAUUGCUCUGUUGGUACAGCUGUGACUUCAGCUGAUAUCAAAGUAAGAGCCCUUCCUAUUACAUUUAAGCAAGAAGUUCAGAAUUUGGAAGUGAAGGAAGGUGGCAGUGGAGUGUUCUGCUGUGAGUUGUCCAAACCUGGAGCUCCCGUGGACUGGAGGAAAGGAAGAGUGAUCCUGAAGCCCGGUUACAAAUAUGAAAUGAAACAGGAGGGAAAUUUCACCAAACUGUUCCUCAAUAAUGUAGAAGAGAGUGAUGCGGGGAAGUACACUUGUAAAACUAUAGACAGCCAAUCCACUGCUGAGCUCACAGUGAAAGCACCUCCCAUCACAUUCAAAACCAAGUUAAAGAACCUGCAAGUGGAGGAGGAGAACAACGUAACGUUGACAUGCGAAUUGUCCAAGCUCGGCCUUUCUGUUGAGUGGAGGAAAGGCCAGGAGCUUCUGAAGAAUAAUUUCAAGUAUCAGCUAAGAAAUCGAAACAGCAUGCUGGAGCUGACCAUCAAAAACACUCAGCUGGAGGACAGUGGAAUCUACAGCUGUAUCUAUGGCGACGCCAAGACCGUAGCCAACAUCACUGUUACACCUAUCCCACUCACCUUUAAGAUGGGUCUAAAGAACCAGGAGGCCGCUGAGGGAGGCAACGUGACUCUGCGAUGUGAACUGUCCAGGACUGGGGUAUCUGUACAGUGGUGGAAGGGAGAGGACCAGCUCUAUCAAGGUGGGAGGUAUCAGAUGACUCUCAAGGAGAACAUAGCUGAGAUGAGUAUCAGAAACAUCCAGCCUGAGGAUGUUGGGGAGUACAGUUGUGUUUUUGGCGAGCAGAAGACGACAGCUGAAGUGAAUGUGAGAGCGGCGGCAUCAGUGUUCUUUGAGAAGGAACUGGACAGCCAAGCGGUGAUGGAGGGCAAAUCUGUGCUGCUGUCGUGUGAAGUUUCCAGUACGAAUGUCCCUGUCACUUGGAAGAAGGACAAUGCUGUAAUUGAAGAAGGGGGACGCUUAAUUAUUACAAAAAAAGGACCUACGCAUAUGCUUGAGAUUAAGCGGCUGCACCUGGAGGAUGCAGGCGAUUACUGUUGCAUCACAAGGGGCAAGAAGACCACCGCCAAGUUGAUUGUGAGGGAGCGAGUGCGAAUUGUUACAGAGCUUAAGGACAUUACUGUGGCUGCGGGGGAGGACGCCGUGUUUGUGUGCGAACUUAGUCACGCCCAUGUGAAUGAGGGUGUGUGGUGGCUGGGCUCCAGUCAACUGCAGAAAAACGAAAUGAACCAGAUGACAUGCCAGGGUCGCCAACACCGACUUGUCCUCACCAUGACAACACCUGAGGAGACGGGCAUUGUGGCAUUUGCGGUCGGGGAGGAAAGGACAUCAGCGAGUCUUUUAGUGGUGCCCAAGCCCAAAGUUUUAUUUGAGGAGAAGCCUCAAGAUGUUCUAAUCUUGGAAGGAGAGAUUGCUACUUUGUCCUGCACAACCACUGACUUCACCACCACUGUUACCUGGAGGCGCAACCAUAUUCCUCUCAGAAACUGUGAUAAAUUUGAGAUACGCAAGGAGGGAAAAGUGAAUUUACUGCUCAUCCAUGCUGUAGAUCCCCUUGACGCUGGAGUUUACUCCUGCGAUACAGGCGAUGCGCAGGCCAGUGCCAAGCUUAGUGUGAAAGAGCUCCCACCAUUCUUCCAGGAAGAGUUGCAAAGUGUUGAGACUGAAGAGGGAAGCUCGGCCGUCCUGUACUGUGAGCUGUCUAAACCCGGGCUGCCGGUACAAUGGAAGAAGAACAGAUUGCCACUGAGCGCUGGCAGGAAGUACGAGAUGAAGCAAGACGGUUGCUUCCUCCAGCUUCACAUCAAGGAGCUUAAACUUGAGGACAGUGGCAGCUACACGUGUCAAGCAGGAAAUGCAGAAACUGCUGCAACUGUUACAGUUAAAGAGCUACCUCCAUUCUUCACGAAAGAUUUACGAAAUGUGUGGAUGGAGGAGGGAGGCUCAGUUUCCUUGAGCUGUGAGCUGUCCAAACCUGGUGCGUCUGUGCAAUGGAAGAAGAACAGACUGCCUCUGAGGGCCAACAGGAAGUAUGAGAUGAAAGAAGCUGGCUGCCUCCUUCAGCUUAGCAUUGUGGGCCUCAAACCUGAAGACAGUGGCAGAUACUCGUGUCAUGUAGGAAGUGUAGAAUCAAUUGCUACUUUGACAGUCAAAGAACUUCUGCCAUUUUUCAAAGAAAACUUACAGAAUGUAACGGCUGAGGAGGGCAGUGUUGCCUCCCUCUGCUGUAAGGUAUCGAAGACAGAUACUGCAAUACAAUGGAAGAAGAACAAGAUGCCAUUAAGAGGCGGCGACAAGUAUGAGAUGAAGCAGGAUGGCUGCCUCCUCCAGCUUAAAAUCAAGGAGCUGAAACCUGAGGACAGUGGAAGUUACACAUGUCAAGCAGGAAGUACAGAAACUGCUGCAACUGUGUCAGUAAAAGAGUUGCCACCAUUCUUUGUUACAAACUUACAAAGUAUUGAGGUGGAGGAGGAAGGUUCAAUCUCCCUGUCCUGUGAGCUGUCCAAACCUGGAGCGACAGUGCAAUGGAAGAAGAACAGACUGCCUCUGAGGGCCAAUAGGAAAUAUGAGAUGAAACAAGAUGGCUGCCUCCUUCAGCUCAAUAUCAGUGAUCUCAAACCUGAGGACGGUGGUAGCUACACAUGUGAAGCAGGAACCGCAGAGACAACUGCAACUGUUUCUGUAAGAGAACUCGCUGUUACAUUUAAAGGUGACUUGCAAAGUAUGGAGGCAGAGGAAGGAGCUACAGCCGUCCUUUGCUGCGAGCUCUCUAAACUUGCAGUGCCGGUAUGGAGAAAGAGCAGGUUACCUCUGAGGGCAAAUAGGAAGUAUGUAAUGAAACAAGAUGGCUGCCUCCUUCAACUUAACAUUAUGGACCUCAAACCUGAAGAUAGCGGAACCUACACAUGUCAAGCAGGAAGUUCAGAGACCUCUGCAACUGUAGCUGUGAGAGAGCUCCUGUUAUUCUUCAAAGAACAAUUGGAAAGUGUGGAGACAGAGGAGGGAGGUUCAGUCUCCCUGCACUGUGAGCUGUCCAAACCUGGAGUCCCAGUGCAAUGGAAGAAGAACAGGUUACCUCUGAAGGCCAACAGGAAGUUUGAGAUGAAACAAGAAGGCUCCCUCCUGCUGCUCAACAUCAGUGACCUCAAGCCUGAUGAUAGUGGUUGCUACACAUGUCAAGCAGGCAGUGCAGAAACCAUUGCAACUGUGUCUGUAAGAGAGCGCCCGGUUUCAUUCAAAGCUGACUUGCAAAGUAUGGAGGCAGAGGAAGGAGAUACAGCCAUCCUGUGCUGUGAGCUGUCUAAAGCUGGAGUGGCAGUGCAAUGGAAGAGGAACCGGCUGCCUCUGAGGGCCAACAGGAAGUAUGAGAUAAAACAAGAUGGCUGCUUCCUGCAAAUCAACAUUAAGGAGCUCAAACUUGAGGACAGUGGUAGUUACUCUUGUCAAGCUGGAAGUGCAGAGACUGUGGCAACUUUGUCAGUAAAAGAGCUCCCUCCGUUGUUUGUGACAGACCUACAAAAUAUAGAGGUAGAUGAGGGAGGUUCAAUUUCUCUGUGCUGUGAGCUGUCUAAACCUGCAGUGCCAGUGCAAUGGACGAAGAACAGGCUGCCUCUGAGGGCCAAUAGGAAGUAUGAGAUGAAGCAAGAUGGCUGCCUUCAGCAGCUUAACAUCAAGGAGCUCAAGCCUGAGGACAGUGGUAGCUACACAUGUCAAGCAGGAAGUGCAGAAACCAUAGCAACUGUUUCUGUAAAAGACCUCCUUCUGCUGUUCAAGAAAAAGCUACAAAGUAUAGACGCAGUGGAAGGAGCUACAGCUGUCCUGUCUUGCGAGCUGUCAAAACCUACAGUGUCAGUGCAGUGGAAGAAGAACGCACUGCCUUUAAAAGCUAGCAGGAAAUAUGAAAUAACACAGGAUGGCUGCUUCCUCCAGCUUCACAUAAAGGAGCUCCAUCCUGAGGACAGUGGCAGCUACACAUGCCAAGCAGGAAGUACAGAGACCACUGCAACUGUGUCUAUAAAAGAACUGCCUUGCUUUUUCAAGAAAGAAUUACAAAACACAGAAAGUGAGGAAGGAGGUACAGUCAUCUUGUGCUGUGAACUGUCCACACUCGGAGUGUCAGUACAAUGGAAAAAAGACAGAAUACCACUGAGAGCAAAUAGGAAGUACGAAAUGAAGCAGGAUGGCAGUUUGGUGCAACUUCACAUUAAGGAACUAAAUCCAGAAGACUGUGGAAAUUACUCAUGUCGAGCAGGAAGUGCAGAGACUACUGUCAUGGUGUCGCUAAAAGCACCUAAGACUACUUUACCAAAGGAAGAUCCUCCCAUGAUACUACCGGAAACACAGACUACCGUUUCCAAACCUGACAACGUGAAUCUCCCUGAUCCUCAUCCAGUUCCUCUAGAGCCUAAGAAGAGGACAAUGCGAAAAGCAUCAAUAACAGCUUUAGAACAAGAUGUAAAGGCCAUGUAUAACAUAAAACAGCCCGUCCAGUCUUUGCAAAGAGAAACUAAAGACCAAAAAGAGAUCAAGACUGAAAAACCUAUAGAGACAGGCUUUGACAAUGCUCAUGAUUUAAAGCUGUUCAAGGAUAAUACGAACAAAGAGUUAGAGAUUUACAAAAGACCAACAAUCUCAGUUGAGAAGGAGCAUGUGAUUGAAAAAUUUGACAUGGAGAAGACACAACCAGCAAAGCAACAAACUGAGGCAGAGCUGAGUCACCCAGGCACGAUUCUUGGAGACAAGAGUCUUGCUGAACAGAACCAGCUAUUUAAAUCUCUGGAAACUGAUCCAAAGCAAAAUGUGAAACUUAGUGAAAAUGACAGAGAAGUUAAAAGAAUAGACGACCAUCCAGAGACAACACUGUGGAAAAGAGUAGAGGAGGAGAAAAAUGUAAUAAAACCAUUAGUAAUGUCCAAUGGGAGCAAAAUAACAUUGGAACAAGAAGCAAAGUCAACUAAUAAGGAUGGUGAAGUAGGGAAGCCAGAAGAGGAUGUAAAACCACGUGUGAGGUCAAAAGGAAAAGCAGCAGGAGGAAGAGAGCCCACUGAAUGUGUUAGAAAAGAAACCGAGGAGCUCAUCGCACAGCCAUCAAACUCUACAGUCAAUGAUUAUAAGGAAGGGAAUAAACAGAGAAACGACGUGAAACAACUCGUGACCACAGAGAGCGUAGAGGAGCAACUGAUACAAGUGCCAUCUGUAAAUCAACUGGAGAGCCAUUCUGUAAAAAGAAAAGAACUGCCUCAAGGUAUAAAGAUUAAAAUAAUUCCUCCAAAGCCACCUGUGAGAUCAAAAUGCAAAACAAAGACAGGAAUGGAAAAACAACUGUCAAGAGACACUGAGACAGAUCAAGACGAACAAAUGGUGACAUCAUCCAGAGAUCCGCUACUAAAACAGACAGCAAGGUCUUUGAAAGAAGAGGAACCAAGGCUUGAGCAAAACCAGUCAAUACCAGCAGACACUGAUCUGGUUGUGCCCAAACAGGUUAUCAAACAUCCAGUAAAACCCAUGAGAAAAGAACCGGAAGUGGACAAAAAUAUAGCUGCUGGCUCAAUGGGAAGGAAUGAUGAACAGCAAGAAGUACAAAUGACAGAAGACAUACCUCUCCUCUACAUCUCUGAAGAUGAAACUUUCUCAGAAGCUUUGACCGAGAUCCCAGCCAACCAUAGUAUAAUUCAACCUGAUGGCUUUCUUGAUGAAGCGUCAAGCCAACCCUACAGCCCGCCUAGCAUUCUGGUUCUCCAGAAGACAGUUCAGGAUGCUUCACCAGAUAUUCACAUCAGUGCUGAAGAUGAAUCACAAAUGCAAGAGGCUACUGUCAAGAUGCAGACUCCCUUCAAAGGCUAUGAAACUGACAAAGAUAUGCGGCCAGUCUUGAAAGAGGUCUUUAAGAACCAGCGUGCAGAUAUUGAUGGUACCAUCAGUUUAGUGUGUGCUGUAGAAGGACACUAUGAGAGCGUGCGCUGGCUUAAAGAUGGUCAACCUAUCAGGAGUGAUCAACAACAUUGUAUUGAGGCAACAGAGGGUGGCCUAUGCUCUCUUGUAAUCACUGAAUUGACCCUGAGUGACAGUGGCAUCUACACAUGUGAGGUGGUCAGUAAAUUUGGCGUUACGUCCUACAAUGGAAAUGUAACAGUGGUUUCGCCCCAACAUCCUGCUCAGAUAGUCUGCAGGCCUGUGCACCCACCGCUUGCCGCAAUUACUCCACUGCAGUUGGCUCCACUGAGCCCUGAGGAAAAAACACUGAUUCAAUAUCAGGUCGCAACUUCAGAGACUGAUGCUGAUAACUAUGUGGAGAAUGUGGAUGUUUCUUUGUGGGAGGCCUACAACCUGACAGAGCAGCACAUUCAGAUGAGCCUACAAGAGAGAAGGGCAUCGUCUCUCAUCGCCACCAGCUCCGUGUCAAGUCCAUCUGAUUAUGACACUGCACCAGAUGUGAUGGAACCUGUAAAAAUUAAGACACCUCCACCAAGGGGGGUUCCUGAAGCAACAGACCAAAUGCCUCCAAAAGACUUGGAUCAACACUUCCCUGAUCCCUGCCUUCUUAAGAACUUAUUAAAAGUCAAAGGCACUCAAGAAGGCCAAAUGAGGACACCCUCUCCUAAACACCAUAGGGCCCACACACCUUUAGCUAGCACUGUCUCUGGAUCAGAAUCUGAAGGGGAAGAAGAUCAACGCGAGAUAUUUGAAAUGUAUGUGGCUCGAGCAGACUGCAACCCCAACAGUGGAAGCAAAGACAGUUUUCUACUGAAGGAGGGUCAGUAUGUAGAGGUUCUAGACUCUGUCCAUCCAGAUAAAUGGCUUGUGAGAACCAAACCCACCAAAGCCAACCCUGCUCGACAGGGAUGGGUGUGCCCAGCCUACCUGGAAAAGAAGAGAAAGGAGGCCUUCACACAAUUGCGGGCACCUCAAAAGGAUCUUGAUGGAAUUGGUUCCACAGGAGAAGAGUAUAGGAGGGCUUUAAGCCAACUGAUUCAAGGGCUGAUUGAUGGUGAAGAGGAGUUUGUGAAGGAGAUGGGGAUGUUUAUUUCUCAUCCAUUAAAUUACUUGGACUCAAGUCGCCAUGUGCCUAUCAACAUCCUCAACCAGAAAAAUAUUAUUUUCAGAAAUAUAAAGGACAUUGUCCUUCUUCACGAGAAGUCUAUUCUCCCUGGGUUAAGGGAGUGUACUACAGAUGAUGAUGUUGCCAUGCAUCUGAUCCAUCACUUUGAGGACCUUGAAAAGUAUGUUCACUUCAUGCUGGGACAACCGCAAGCAGAGGCUUGCAUUGCUGAUAAAACUACCCAACAAUAUCUCAAAGAGUUACCAGGAUCUGGUAGACCUGAGGCUCCUGUUAUAGAUACCCCGACCUUCCUCCAAAGACCAGUUGAAAGGAUUCAGACAUAUCAAGCUUUGCUGAAGGAAUUAAUUAAGAACAAGGCCAAAAGCGGCCAGAGCUGCUAUCUGUUGGAGGAUGCCUUCUCCCUUGUGUCGUGUUUACCUUGGAGGUCUGACAACCUGCACCAGGUCUCCCUCAUUGAGAACUACCCCGCCCCUUUGACCUCCCUGGGUGAGCCUGUGCGGCAGGGAACCUUCACAGUGUGGGAUGAAACUCCAGAAACAAAAAAGACGGCUCGAGGGCACCAGAGACAAGUCUUUCUAUUCAAAGAAUGCAUUGUCCUAUGCAAACUGAAAAGAGAUGCCAGUAAGAACUGUGAUACUUACACCUUCAAGAAUAAAAUGAAGCUGAAUGAUGUAGAGCUAAAGGAAACACUGGGAGGUGAUGAGAAGACUUGGGAGCUGUGGCAUGAGCACAGGGGCUCGGUGCGGAGAUAUAUACUACAGGGCCGCUCACCACUGGUAAAACUUUCCUGGCUGAAGGACAUGAAGGAGCUGCAGCAACGAUCCAUCCUGCCCACUAACAACCCCCCUGUGUUUCAAUCACGGCUGUCGCACUGCACAACGAAGAUUGGACAUACCAUCAAAAUGAGCUGCAAGGUUACAGGGUUGCCUAAGCCAGUAAUCACUUGGUUCAAAGAUGGCCUUGUGUUGGAGGAUGACCCUCGGCACAUCAUCACAGCAGACAGGUCAGGCACGUGCAGUCUGAUCUUGGACAGCUUGACUGCAGAAGACUCUGGACAAUAUGUGUGUUACGCUACCAGCAGCAUGGGCAGCGCUGGCACUCUGACUACUGUUGUAGUGCAGGCUCCACCCAGGUUUGUUAGUCGGCUGGAAAGCACUUGUCUGAUCGAGAGUGAGGACAUUCAGUUUACUUGCUCCACUCUCACAACCCCUUUGCCCAGAAUAAGGUGGAUGAAGGAUGGCAAAGAGUUGACUGACAAGCGAAAAUAUUCAGUCGUGAACGACCAUCGAAGUGGAAUAUUGUCUCUUACAGUCAUCAGUGCAACAGAUGCAGACAUUGGACUGUAUGAGUGUGAGCUUUCAAAUGAGUUUGGUUGUGUCAAGUGCAAGGCCGGACUGUGCCCCUCCUACGUGGCCCCAAAUGACCCCGAGAGUGCCCAGGCGCAUGACUUACCUCCUAAAGAUGCAGACUCGGAAGGUUGGUCCUCUGCCUUUGUGAAGAAAUGGCUGCAAAUGGAUUUCACUCCCUCCUCUAUUGCAAAGACGUUUUUUCCACCCAUUCAUGAACAAGCUGAGGGUAGUAUUGCAGAAGUCCCUCACUCAGCAUCCAUGGCUCAGCCAGCACAGCAGCAGCCUCCGUGUUACUUGGAGGAGCAGGAGGAAGAAGAACUCUACAUCUCAGAGCAAAUGCAAGAAAUUACAGACGUUCCUCCUUUCAUCCAAGUACCCCCAGAAGACGUGUGCGUUGAACCAGGACAGCCAGUAACAUUUACCGCCAUCAUCACAGGAAGGCCUAUGCCACAGAUACAGUGGUACAAGGAUGGAGAAGAACUUACAACCAGUGAGAAUGUGGAGAUAGUUCAGCAUGCCGCCCGCUGCUCAGUGACCAUCGUGUGUCCAGAAUGUGAAGACAGCGGCAUUUACACCUGCUUCUCCUACAAUCACUCUGGCCAUGUGUCGUGUCAGGCUCUGCUCACAGUUGAAGAAAGUCCGCUGGGAUCUCAUGAAAGAGAGGUGGAGUUGGGGAAGAGAAGAAAGCUAUUUGCCGUCUACGAUGUCGGUGAAGAAAUUGGAAGGGGAACAUUUGGUGUAGUGAAGUGUGUUAUCCACAGAGGGACAGGCGAAGUCUUUGCUGCCAAAUUCUUACCCCUGCGAAGCAGCACCCGCACUCGGGCCUUCCAGGAGAGGGACUUGCUCUCCCGUCUGGCUCAUCCCAGGGUGGCUUGUCUGCUGGACUUCUUUUGCACCCGGCGCACACUGGUGCUCAUUACAGAAAUCUGCAGUUUUCACGGCCUUGUAGACCAUUUGUUACUCAGAGGAUUAGUCUCAGAGAAAGAGGUUCAGUCAUAUAUCCAGCAAAUUCUUGAAGGAGUUGGACAUAUUCACAGCAUGAACAUUUUGCAUCUGGACAUCAAACCAGAGAAUAUCCUCAUGGUAUAUCCACCCAGAGAUGAAAUCAAGAUAUGUGACUUUGGCUUCUGCCAGGAAGUAGACGUAUCCAGACAUCAGUACAGUAUGUUUGGUACACCAGAGUUUGUUGCACCUGAAGUUGUCCACCAAGAACCUGUCAGUGUGGGCACAGAUAUUUGGGCAGUGGGUGUGAUGGCAUAUCUAUGUCUGUUAUGUCGUUGCCCAUUUGUGGGAGAGACAGACCGUGCGACCCUCCUAAGAGUGGGAGAAGGCACUCUAAACUGGGAUGUCCCUGACGUCAUGAGUAGAAGUCCUGAGGCCCAGGCCUUUCUCCGUAGUCUUCUUCAACCAGAACCUGACAAGCGCCCUUCUGCUUUUGAGUGCUUGAGCCAUGAAUGGUUGCAGGAUGAACAUGCAGGGGAAGACACGGAUGAAAUUAACACAAAGGGUUUAAAGGUUUUCAUCUCAAAAAGAAAAUGGCAGCGUUCCUUGACUUGCGUUGGUUCCGUGCUUACAUUAAGGCAAAUUCCGGAGCUCCUGGAUGCUCCUCUCAGAGAUAGUGCAGUGACUGUACCCCGCGAACACCAGCAGAACAGCAGUACCUCCAUGAGCAGUGGUUCGUCAUCCGAGUAUGAUGAGGCUGACUCUUGGGACUUCUUCCAGCACUGCAGCCCAACUGAGGAAGAGGAGGAGGAGGAGGUUGAAACGGAGGAGGACUACAACCUUUUGAGCGAGAGAGCGCGGCUCCCAGAACCUUUUGCCAAACUUCAUCAAGGUCUAUAUGAGGAGGAAGAAGUGACGUUUGGGGAGGAGGAAGAGGAUGAUGAGCUGGUUGGUCAGCGGAGCGUGCUAGAACGGAGUGUGAGUGGGCAGUCCGUUGCGUCAUCAGAUGUUUCGUACUUACACACACCUCAGAAUGAACGAAGGUUCAACAAGGGCAGUAGUCCUUCUCUCAACAUUUCCGAUGGGGAUGAAGGUUCAGGAAGCGACGCGGGUCGAAUCCCUCGAGGCAGCGUGAUCCGGAGCACUUUUUACAGCUCAUCUCAUCAGCUUUCACCCAUGUCUGCCAGACACAUGACAUUACGGGACAAGUUUCAGGCCAAAAAGCAGGAAAGAGGUCGCAAGCCACUCCGGAGGAGCUUGUCAGGGCGUCUCAAUGAACCUCUCAUAGAAUACGUAGAGGAUGACACGGAGACCAACCGAAGCCAGAGACGAGGGUCCAUCCAGUCCACGAUGCUCAAGUCCACUUCCUUUGAUGGCAGUGUAACCCGCACACAAACCAAUGUGCCACCUCAAAGAAGGAGCAGGUCUCUUGAUGAGUACUCUCGGCGAUCCCCCAGUUCACCCAAGCCCUCAAAGCCAGGUGACGAAGAAGGUACACAAAGUCUGAAGGAGGAUUUCACAGACGAUGAAGUGGGAGGAAAGAAAUUGCUGGCGAUUCCAAGUCCUCAGAGACCCGCAAGAACAAGGCGUUGCAUUGUUCCUGUGCAAGGAACUGUCACAUUGGCUGGUGAAUCUGCUCCCUUAAGUCUCCUCGUGAGUGAUAGAAUGAACCAGAGGUUGGAUCAGGAGCAAUCAGAGGGGGGCGCCUACGCUGGAUCCCAGGGUUCCUUGGCUGAAUCAUCUAUUUUGGAGCAUGGUGGCUCUGAGUCCUCCAGUAGACUUGGUUCAUUUGAGGAGCUCAGAGGGAGGUACAGAUCAGGAGAGAGUGAAGGGUAUGAUGACCCGGUGGAGCCUCUGACUUCACCAUCCCCUCGGUCAUUUCAAGAACUCAAACCAAAAGGCCGUUUUCCUCAAAUCCCACCACGCAACCGCACACGCUCCAGCCCCAACAUAUGUCACAUGCAGACAUCAUCAACACCCAGUCCAAGUCCUAGCCUCUCCUCGCUCCAGGCUCCUGAAAGGCCUCCCAGGGCCAAAGAUAAGAAAGUAGGCCACGGCCUUCAAAGACAUGCAUCUGCGCCAGCUCUGGAAGUUCAGCCACCCACAGGAAAAUCCCCAAAGCCGGGACUCCUGAGUAUCUUCCGCAGGCAGUCUUGGGCUAGCCAUUCCUACUCCCAGCUGGACAGCACAGAGUUAGGACCAACACUGGGAGAGCUAAUGAAGCCAGAAACACCUACCAUGUCGCUGAGAAAGAAAAUGAGAGCUUCAGCCUCAAGUUUGACCAAGCUGUUUUCAAGGUCAUCCAGUAAGGAGGAUCUAAGUAAAGGAGGGCCAAUUGUUAAGGGCUCCAUUCCUCCUGAAAAGAGUCCAAAAAAGAGGACCUCCAAGCGCUUGCCUUCUUUUAAGAUACCAGCAUUUAAGAAAGCAAAAGAUCUUCUAGUCCGCCCCAACAAGGCUGAUGUGCUCCAGUUGGACGGAGGUGGAGUACUGCUGGUGUGGAAGCCCGUUCAGUCUAGUGACCCUGUUACCUACUGUGUGCAGUACUGUACAGAUGGAGGGGAGUGGACAGUCCUGUCAGAGGAUGUGAGUGACAGCAGCUAUGUGGCCAAGGACCUACCCAGAGGAGCUUCUUAUGUUUUCAGGGUGGGCUGCAUCACCAAGACAGGAGCGGGACCUUUCAGUGACGCUUCGGCCCCCGUAGUCAUGGCAACUCACCCUGAAGAUGCUAACAUUCCUCUCAUCCAGACUGAGUGCCUUGGUUCAAAGGCGACUGGGUCAGAAAGUCAGGCAGCACAAAGGAAUUACAACUUCCUCUCAGAGAUCAACAGGGGCCGUUUCAGUGUGAUCAAUUUAUGUCGCGAUGCUGAGACCAGCCAAGUGUUUGCCGCCAAGAUAACGCCUUUCCGGGCGGCGCAGAGACAGUUGGUCCUGAGGGAAUAUCAGCUGCUGAGGAGGCUUCACCAUGCCCACCUGGUACAGCUGCAUACUGCCUACAUCACCUCCUGCUACCUGGUGCUGGUGGAGGAGCUCUGUGCUGGCAAAGAGUUGCUCUACAGUCUAGCUGCAAGAGAUCUGUACUCGGAGGCCAAUGUGGCCGAGCUGCUGGGUCAGAUCCUGAGCGCAGUCGACUACCUUCACGGCCGGCGAGUGGUCCACUUAGACCUCAAGUCUGACAACAUGCUAGUGGACGACGGCAACCACCUGAAGAUUGUGGACUUCGGCUCAGCUCAGUCUUUCACGCCCGGUCAGCCUCUCCACACUGAGCACCUGCAGGGCUUGUCGGAGAGCAAAGAGCACCGCAGCAAAGUUUAUAUUGUCCUUCCUAAAGCUCCGGAAAUCCUGGAGGGCCAAGGUGUUGGGCCUGAGACCGAUGUUUGGGCCAUUGGAGUUCUCCUGUUCAUUAUGUUGAGUGCCGACAGCCCUUUUCAUGCGGAACUGAGCUGGGAACAAGACAGAAACAUCAAGAAAGGGAAGAUCCAGUUUGGUCGCUGUUACCCUGGUUUGUCUGAAGGAGCGUUGAAUUUGAUGAAGUGUAGCCUGAAUAACAAAUCCUGGGGGAGACCCACUGCGGCGGAGUGUCUCCAGAAUCCUUGGCUGCGUGCUCAUCGCGCCCCGCACCGAUCGCGCCACUCCAAGGUGUGUUUCUCCACUGAUAAGCUCAAAGCGUACCUCACGCAGAAGGAGGAGAAGCGAGACCAAGUGCGCACAAAACUUCAGGGUCCCUUCUUCCAGUAGGGAGUCAACAGAGAAGAACAAUGGAAGGGUACAGUAUAGCUUUAACCAAGUUUUGUGUCAAUCAGCUGUCUGCCAUUUAAGCCUCCUUUGAGGAAAUUAUGAUGUGUCUUAAAAAGCCGUCUAUCCCUGUAUGUAAAUAGCAUAGUGGUAAGUGUUCAGUUUUUUUUUGUUUUUUUUUUGGGGGGGGGGGGGGGGCCUCCGGUUUAAAUGCAAACAUUUCAGGGAUAAUGUUCAGCGAGUGAGUGUGAACUUGAUAACGUUAAUUCUCUGUGCAUGUCACAUUUUAAUUUAAAUAUCACAUUGUUCAGAUCUUUCUGUUUUGUGUGUAAAUGAGAUUUUUGUUAGGUUGGAUGUUUCAGUAAUCCAAUUUAUUGUCAACCACCUGCUUAUAUUAAUUACCGGAUGACAGGUGAAAUAAAUGGCAUUAAAUUGA